CGCCGCUGCGAGCCCUCAGUAUCUGGAUCUAUGUUGUAGAUAGAUGGGUUAGAUGUCACACGCCGCUGCAGGUUGCAAAGGUUGAAAGUACACAUUUAUGCACUUCUCCUUUUACCUCUUUUUUGGGUUUUUUUCUCCUUCGUUUGGAUACUACUGACCUGACACUGGAUAUGUGCACACAGGAUGAUGACAGCCCCUUUCCUCCCCGUAGAAGUAAAAUAAAAUAGGCUUUCGCACACAGUGGAUUUACUCCUGUCGUUCCAUAUGAAGAAGUCAAAAAUUUGGAUACACACCUGUGUCCAUUCACUGCUGUUCAUCACGCUUGGGGUAUAUUCAAGUAAAUUUGACGUCAACCCAGUGACAGAUGACAUCUCUAGACUUUCUAUUUUGAAACAAAAUAUUCCUAAAGAUUAUAAAAUUCCUGUACAUUACAUUCCAAAAGAGGAGGGUGGGAUGUGUUGGGUAAAAUUAAAUGUCUUCUAUUUGGAGGAGAGUUUAAAAGAUUUAGGACAUAAGUUUGGAAACAUUUCAUCUAACAAAAAAGAUAUUAGCAUAUUCAUCCAAAUGCUCCAAGAACUGCGGAUCAACAUGGGGUCACUGGAACCAAUCAUGUAUGAUUUCGAGUGUCACUACAGGAAAGAGAGGUGGCAGACAGCACAAUACUUUGACUUUGUCAAAGACUUCCUUAUAGCUGCACAGAAUAACAAAGAUUCAGAUGACUGUGAUCCUCCUCCUUGUCCCUCCCAACCAGACCCAGUAGAUGGAGAAGAGAUCACAACAGAAAACUGCUCCUCCACGACCAGCAGUAAUGGCUCAGACUGUCAAACAGACCGCAAUCCACACCCAAGUAAAGGAACAUUAUACCUGUCUGAGGUGGUGGAGCGAAGCCUUCUAUCUUUACUCUUCAUUCCACUCAUAGCCCUUCUAAUCCUGUUUGUGUGCAAGGUCAGGUCACGCAGGCGUGAGGAGGAUCUUCAACAGAAUCCUGGAGAAGGUGGACUUUUCACAGGAACAGAAGGGACUGUACCUACACUAGAUGCUGAAAUAACAGAGAAAAGCAUGUUGAACGUCAUAGAAACGGUGUAACCCUUCAACCACUUGAUGUCCAUCAGCAUUAUUGGGCUCUACUCUUUUCUCCUGUUGGUGUCCAAAGGUAAUGAGAAACAAACAUGAAGCUGAAUUCCAUCGUUAGAUGUCAGAGGCAAAAGGCCUGGUUUUGACUGUUCUCAAGAUUCAAGAUGGAAGACUGACAACUGCCAUGACCAAGAAUUAUCUGUUUGAACCACACCUGCUACCAUAUGGAUAAGCUUGCCUUUCUUGUGCACACUGCAUUAACCCCAUGCUGUGACAAUUGUGCUGAGAGAAACCCCCCCCAAUACCAGGCCUCCUCUGGAUUCUCUGGAUUCUCUGGCUCCUGCAAAUCAUUUGUCAGCACCUUCUACAGCCUGCCUGUGUUUCUGGGCCCUCCAGUUCAUCUUCAAACGGGAAAGCAGAGAGUGACUGACACUGGUAAUCUCUUGUGUGAACUGAGACAUGAAUUUACUACCUCCAAUGACCCUCAUGUUAACCACAUCCUUAACUGCUCUACAGCUUCUCUUAGUCUGGGGUUUCCCAAAGAAUAUAAUGUUACACAUUCUAGUUCUGAGGUGUAGUCGCGUUGUCUGGUUUAGCCAUGUACCAUCGGGGGGAUAUGAUGUAUUUAUUUAUUGGUGGUAGCACGGAGCUGCUGCUUUUCAUACAAACUGAACUGUUUAAGUGAUCAUUUAUGAGCACCUUUACUAGCGGGUCACAUUUAAAGGACAGUCUGCAUACUAACACGUUAUAAACCCAAAAACACAUUCCUGAACAAGUGACAUUUCCUUGUGUUGUUGUUGUUGUUGUUGUUGUUGUUGUUGUUGUUGUUGUUGUUGUUGUGUUUAGUAUAUAUGACUUGGGUGAUUUAGUUUGUGUGAAUGGAUUACAUGAAAAAACAUAGAUACAAAGUAUGCUGCGUUGACUAACUUACAUUUAGACUAUUCCUAUUUGCAUUGACAUUCUGCUAACAAGUAUCAGGGACAACUUCCAGGUUUUUUUGUUUGUUUGUUUUGGUUUUUAAGCAAAAAAGUGAAUGAUGCAUUCUGUAUGGUAGGAGUCAGACACAUGUAGGACAAUGAUGGGCCUCCCAUAUUAAAUUUUAGCUAAACAAUGCCUUUAUUUUCACUUAUCUCGCAUUUACGUUUGCAAAGCAGAAACAGUUACUGAAGAGAUUUUUGAAGGUCCUCUCUCUGUGAAAGGAAAGAAACUAAACAGUUAAAUUUGUGAAAGGACAACAGAGUUUGUUAAAAAAAAAAAAAAGAUAGCAUUUGUAUAUUCACUUUCUACUGCUCAGUCCCUGAACGGGGUCACGGGGGGGGCUGGAGCCAUUCCCAGCCGGCAAUCGGGUGAAGGCGGGGUAUAC